AUGACGACAACGUCUUGUCCGUGCGAACGAAACUCUGCCGGUAUGACGAGAUCGCGAUCGUGGCCGAUGCUGUUCACCGUGCUGGAGGAGGACGCGGCCGUAUGCUGCGGCGGCGGGACCGCCGUUACGGCUGUGGCCACGGUCGCGGCCGCGGCCACCGCCGUCGGACUGCGCCAGCCGCCCGCCGUCACGGACAACAGGGCCCGCCAGCAACUUCAGCACCCGCCGGCCGCCAACGUGGGCAGGCUGCUCCGACGACACUAUUACCCGGAAGCGGGAUGGGGCUGGGUGGUGGUCGCGUGCGCGUGCAUGGUGCACCUUCUCAAUCACGGGCUGCAACUGUCGUUCGGCGCUCUCGAAGCGGACGUGGUCCACAAGUUCCGGGACGCCACUUACGUCAGGACAGGUCAGAUCUCUCGCAGCGUAAUUAUCGCUUUUUAUUUUUUAAGCAGACAUCUACGGGACAAAAGAUCGCGAAAAAAAAUUCACAUGGAAAUUUGA